CAACAACAACAAAGCUCUACAGGCGCAUGUGCUGCACCAUACAGACAAUGAAGCUGGUUGUCAUGGCAGCAAUGCUGGCGGUAGCAGGGGCGAGGAAGGUCUGCAAAUCCGGCUGUCAUCUAACCAAUAAAGUCAUCCAAGUGGAGCUCUGCGGCCGUAAUGAGCCCGUCUUUACCACUGAAUGUGCAGGACAUUGCUACAACAAGGACUCGGCUUACAUCAGCAAUGCUGACGAGGAUAAACAGCAGGUCUGCAUCGGGAACUGGACCUACGAGGUGAAACAGAUUCAAGGAUGUCCAGAGAGCGCCACCUACCCUGUGGCCACACACUGCGAGUGCAGACCGUGCAACAUAAAAACCACACACUGUGGUCUCUUCACUGGAGACCCAGCUGUCUGCCCUUUUAAAUAAACCUUAUGUCCAUCAUUUAUUUACUUGUAACGUUAGUGUCACUUGACUUGGUAUUAAAAUAA